CACAGACUGAGAUGGCGAUAGCGGAAGUGUGACGGAGAGCUUGUUUGCGGCUGAGGGAGACGGAGCCGGUCGGUCUCUGAGGGGCGGUUGCUAGGGGCUGUUACUAGGGGCGGUUACUAGGGGCCCGGGGCACUUCCAGCUGAGGCCCACUAAUUGCUGUCGGAGGCGCUGAGACCGGGACCCUGGCGGAUACUGCCGACUGCUACUGAGGCUGCACUGUGUGUGUGCGACUUGUCUGGGAGCUGCGUCUGUGUCGUUGCUUGUAGAAGAGCGUAACGAUGACAUCACGGCGCAGCCAAGGAGACGCCGCCCCCUUCCUUACUCAGGCCGAUAACACGGAGGAGGAAGGGGCCCCAGAUCCAGGGGGCCACUCGUCUGAUGAGGAAGAGGAGGAAGGGAAGGAUCAUGGGAAGGAGGCGCAUUUACUCACCGGCAUCUCCUACCGACACUCUGUCACCAUCGUCAUCAUCCUCUUCUACAUCAACCUGCUCAACUACAUGGACCGUUUCACUGUGGCAGGCGUGCUGUCGGACAUUAAGGAAGAUUACCACAUCUCAGACAGCAACUCCGGAUUGGUCCAGACAGUGUUCAUCUGCAGCUACAUGUUCCUGGCCCCCGUGUUCGGGUACCUGGGGGAUCGAUACAACAGGAAGUUGAUCAUGUGCAUCGGGAUCUCCUUCUGGUCAUUGGUCACUUUGCUCAGCUCCUUUGUCUCCAAACAGUACUUCUGGCUGUUCCUGCUGACGCGGGGGCUAGUGGGUGUGGGGGAGGCCAGUUACUCGACAAUUGCCCCCACCAUCAUAGCCGAUCUCUUCCUGGCCGACCAGCGCAGCCGCAUGUUGUCCUUCUUCUACUUUGCUACCCCUGUGGGAUGCGGCCUCGGCUACAUCGCGGGUUCCAAAGUGACCAGCACUGCGGGGGACUGGCACUGGGCACUGAGGGUGACCCCAGGGCUUGGCUUGGUGGCCGUGCUGUUACUGAUCUUUGUGGCCAAGGAGCCCCCCCGGGGGGCGCUAGAGAGGAAGUCUGACAGACCCCUGACCAACACUUCCUGGUUCUCAGACGUGAAGGCUCUGCUGAAGAAUCCCAGCUUCAUCCUCUCCACCUUCGGCUUCACCACUGUGGCUUUCGUGACCGGAGCCCUGGCCCUGUGGGGCCCCACCUACCUGAUGAGAUCGCGCAGAGUCAUAUACAAGACCGAGCCGUGCCAGGGAGGGAUCUGUAACUAUGACGACAGUAUGAUCUUUGGGGGGAUCACUUGCGUCACUGGCGUCCUGGGGGUCCUGACCGGCGUGGAGAUCAGCAAGCGCUACCGCAAAACUAACCCCCGGGCGGAUCCACUGGUGUGCGCCGUGGGAAUGAUCAGCUCCGCCCCCUUCCUCUACCUCUCCUUGGCCUUCGCCGACACUAGCCUCGUGGCUACCUAUGCCUUCAUCUUCAUCGGCGAGACCCUCUUGUCCCUGAACUGGGCGCUCGUAGCCGACAUCUUGCUGUACGUGGUGAUCCCCACGCGCCGUUCCACGGCAGAAGCCUUGCAGAUCGUCGUGUCCCACUUGCUGGGAGAUGCGGGGAGUCCGUACCUCAUUGGGGUGGUAAGUAGGGGCCCCCCAGCUGUAGGGUAGGUUAGCAGCCCCGUGUCAUUGCCACUCGAGCUGAGCCCUCUCCCCACUCCUCAGAUAUCGGAUCAGAUCCAGAAGGGGAAAGCGCCCUCCUUCCUGAUCCAGAUGCGCAGCCUGGAGUACGCGCUCAUGAUCUGCGCCUUCGUGGGGGUGAUCGGAGGGGGCUUCUUCCUCGCCACCGCACUCUUCAUAGAGAAGGACCGCAAGAGGGCGGAGUUGUUCUCCCAAGGCUUGCUUCCUGCUGAUGAAACGGACGCAGAGCGCAUUGUGGUCCCCAAACGAGGUCGGUCCACAAAAGUGCCGGUGUCCAGUGUUCUCAUCUGAGAGGGGCCCAACAGAACCACAGAACUCGCUUCUGGGAGUACAAAGGGAACAAGGAUAACGGACCUGGCGCUGACGGGACUUGCUAAGGACGUGCUGUUUAUCGGGGGCACUGCCUGUCCUGAUGGGCCUGUGGCUGCUGCUUCCCGCCCCCCCCAGUACCGCAGCCCCCCUUGCUCUCUGCCAGAUCCAAGGCUGUGACUGUACUCUCUGUGCCCUAGGGGGCGCUCUGUAUUAUAUUUAUUUGCUUUUUAAUGGAACUUGUACUUGAUUCAGGCCGGGCUGACACUUCUCGUGCAAAUAGAUUUACUCGUGGCUACAGGAUAUUGCACCCGCCAGGGGCAUCUUUGUGCGGUCGGUACCUGCACACGGGGGCAUUGGGGUAUCGGAGAUGCUCAAUAUAAUGUAUUUCCUGUAAAACGGACCUGGUGGGACCUUGUCUGGGGGUUUAUAGGGAAGGGAUUUUUAAUAAGAAGGGUUCACAUUCUAUAAUGACUCCUGUUUUUAGUAUUAUACUUGCCCUUUAAUUGUGGCGCCAUGGUAACCAUUUAACUCUUUGCUGUACAGACUUUACAUUCAGCAGGGAUACUGUGAGCAUUGGGGACCCCAAACUGCCUGACGCUUGUUCUGACCCACUUGGGGUUCUGCGUAACAAGCAGGGGCUUCGGCCAGUAAUGGGGCCCACCUUAGAAUAUUAAAUACAUAUAGAUUGUGGCUCUGUUCCUUUAAGCAGGAUGGGUGGGACUGAUACUGUAAGGGGUGUUUGUACCAAACUUGCACCCCCCACAGUACCAAAUGGUUCAGCCGCAAUGGAAUUGGUUGACACCAUUGCCCCCUCCCCCCUUUAGGGACACUGAAAGAUAAGGGGGGCGCCUGGGAUAAUUCACAUUUACUGACAAUAGAAUCAUGGUCUGACAGCUCUGAAAUGGUUAAAGAAUAAACAUUAAUGGGGAGUUUAA